AUGUUCUGCUUCUGCCUGCAGAGUUCCCUGCUGAAGCUCCAGGCGCUGGAGGUGGAGGGGGGUCCCUCACUGGGUCCGUCCCCGGAGGAGAGCCCCCCUGCCCUGGGCAGUAAGGAACAGAAGAGCCCCUGCAGCCCGGCUGAGCUCGGAGGGAGGGAGGGGAAGACGCUGGCUCUCUGCCACAGCAUCCCUGCCGAUGAGAACAGCCCACCAGAGCUGCUGACAGUGUUGACCAGACCUCCACAGUCUCCCAGACACCAGCCUUUAACCGCCAUCCACCCCGGCCAGCAGCCCCUGACCCCCGAUGGACCGCUGUCCCCCAGCCCUCACCACUCCCCUUACUCCCCCCAGAGGAGCAGCCCCGGGGGGGAGGGUGGAGGAGAGGGAGGAGCAGGAGGAGAGGGAGCUCUUCUCCAGCUACUGGCGGGCGGUCCCAGCCCUCUGCCCUCCCCCCGCUGCUCCAGCCUCAGCCACAGCCUGAGAUUCAACACCGACCCCGAUACCGCGCCAUCACCGCCAUGCAGCCAGCAGUACAUACUGUCUCGGGGUCGGGACAGGACGGAGGGAUCAGAGGACGAGUGUCCAUCCUCCGUCUCGUUCCUCACCAGACAGAUUCAGACCCUGAAGAAGAAAGUCCGCAGGUUUGAGGAUCAGUUCGAGCAGGACAUGAACUACAAGCCGUCACACAACGAUAAAUACUCAAACCCAGAGAUGGUCAGAGUGAUGAAUGAACUGGCCAAAGCUCGCAAACAGCUCAAAGAGCUCAGACUCAGACAGUCGCUGUUUGAGUCGAAGGAGCCGGACGGUCCGGAGAACUCAGAGAUCUGCAGGUUGGCCUCCGGCCAGCAGGCGGCAUCAGAGCACAAAGCUUCGCUGGAGGAAACGGUGGAGUCUCUGUUCAGACGACUGAGAGAGAAGAGACAAGCUCUGGGUCUGCCCGACAACAUGAAGGAGAUGACUCAGGCUCAGAUGGUGAUGGAGAAGAUCACUCUACAGAAAUGUUUGCUCUACUUUGAGAGUCUGCAUGGCCGACCGGGCACCAAACAGGAGAAGAACCUGGUGAAGCCGCUGUACGACAGAUACCAGCUGAUCAAACGUUUACUGUGUGCCAGCCCGACUAUCACUACCAUAGAAGAAGAGGACGGUUCUGAUGAAGACCCGAUGAACUUGAUGACAGUCGACGAACGUCCCGUUCCACCUCCUCGCAGAGUGACCCGGCCCACCGCCGGUGAGGAGGACAGCGACCGGGACAGCGACCCCGCCUUCGUGUCCCCGCUAGAUGAGGUGAAGGCCGUCCGUCAACAGCCUGCUCUCACUACGGCCAACCUGCACGAAGCAUCCAGGUCUCAGCUGCUGGAGUGUCUGCGGGAGACAAGAGCAGAGAAGAAGACGCGACGUAAAGCUCUGAGAGAGUUUGAGGAUGAGUUUUUCCGUCAGACUGGAAGAAUCUGCCAAAAAGAGGAUCGAACUCCCAUGAAGGAGGAAUACCAGGAAUACAAGCAGCUCAAGGCCAAACUCCGCCUGCUGGAAGUCCUCCUCAGCAAACAGGAAGUCACCAAAACCAUGUGAGAGGAACCAGAUUCCUCACAAAAUCUCCUCCAGCCUGUUUUUAAUGUUUCUGUGAACACUGGCCUCCUCAGAGAAACUGUCUCCAUCUCUGAAGUGAACAUUUGUAGAAAACUGUAAAUACUCCUGCAGAGUUUUAUGAGUCUUAAAAAAGAGACCAGACUCCCCUCUGAACCGUCUGUAACCAGCGUCCUGCAGUGUGUAUUUAUCUUCCUGCAUCUUCGGGUCUGAAUUAUUUUUUGUACAAAUGCAUUUAUUAUUCCAGUCUGGAGGGACGAGGGUGUUUUUAAGGGUUAAACUCCAGAGUUAAAUCUGAACAUGUUUUCUUUCACUCUUGGACACGUGUUUGAUUCAGCGGACCAACACAUGUUUUUCUAUGGGACUCAGUGUGUGUGUAUGUGUGUGUGUGUAUGUGUGAAACUGAAAGCACUUUAAUCUGUCGCUGUGGUCGUGGAGGACAAAGCCCAGAGCUUUAUCAACGGCUCCCCGCAUGUUUGGACUCUGCAGUGUUUCGAAUGGAAAACUAGCUGAACUUUAAUUCUACAAACAGACCAAAAACUGCAGCGUGGCGUCUGAGGAUUGAGAAUGAAACAUACGGUGGCCCCUAAGGACAAAAUACUGGACAUACAAAAGCACAAACAUUAAGAGAAAUGUGCUUCAAAUCAAAAGAUGCUACAAAAGUGAAAACACAAAGAUUAAGCGUGUUUCAGACCUGUGUAGUUUAGUCUGGCUUAAUGGGAUUCUGGUUGGUUUUCCUCCUCAGUUGGAUUUGAUUGGACAGAUCGCAGAGACCCUUUAGAGGAAGUGGUCUCAGUCUGUUUGUGGUGGGAACGUGAUCCGACCUCCAUCUGACCUGCAAGUUUGAGUUUUAGUCACAGGAUGAAUCGAGGUCUGAUCUGGACUGAUAAAGUAGCACCUCCUCCCCCAGACACAUCUGACCAAUGAGAGAAGAGAACGUUCUCAUCUGGCUUUAGUGAUGCUUUUUAGUUUGCUUGGAUUUUUCUCUGUGUGAAAAAAAAACUGAACAAAGGGGAAAACACACCAAGUUUAUCAAGAGGAAACACGAGAAACACGCAAGAGGAAUGCAACAAAAACCAAAACACAUACAAAAGCUAAACACAGACCUUAAAGGACACAU